GCGGGUCGCCGCGAGGGGCAGGCCGCAGUGAGGCCCCGCCUUGCGCCGUUAUAAACCUCGGUGAAGUCCCAGUCCAGCUGAGCUGAGGUUUGUCCCCUGAGUCCACAGCUUCCUGCACCAUGCCGAUGAUACUGGGUUACUGGGACAUCCGCGGGCUGGCUCACGCCAUCCGCCUGCUCCUGGAAUACACAGACUCCAGCUAUGAGGAGAAGAUUUACACCAUGGGGGACGCUCCUGACUAUGACAGAAGCCAGUGGCUGAAGGAAAAAUUCAAGCUGGGCCUGGAUUUUCCCAAUCUGCCGUACUUGAUUGAUGGGGCUCACAAGAUCACCCAGAGCAAUGCCAUCCUGCGCUACAUUGCCCGCAAGCACAAGCUGUGUGGAGAGACAGAAGAGGAGAAGAUUCGUGUGGACAUUUUGGAAAACCAGACUAUGGACACCCGCAUGCAACUGGUCAGAGUCUGCUACAGCCCUGACUUUGAGAAACUGAAGCCGGACUACUUGAGGGAAAUCCCUGAAAAGAUGAAGCUUUACUCAGAGUUCCUGGGGACACGUCCAUGGUUUGCGGGGGACAAGAUCACCUUUGUGGAUUUCCUUGCUUAUGAUGUCCUUGACCUGCACCGUGUAUUUGAGCCCAAGUGCCUGGAUGCGUUCCCUAACCUGAAGGACUUCAUGGCCCGUUUUGAGGGCCUGAAGAAGAUCUCUGCCUACAUGAAGUGUGCUCCCUAUCUCCAAGGCCCCUUGUUUGGAAGGAUGGCAGUGUGGGUCGGCAAAAGAUAGGGUUCUGUGAUCCCAGGAGAUGGGCAAUGGAGCCAGCAUUGUGCCUGCUGCCUGAGGUCCUGGAGAAUAGCCAGAUUCCCUUCACUGCCUGGCACUAGCCUUAUUGUUCCCUUAGGUUUCUUUCUACUCUUUUCUCCUCCUCAAGGCCUUAUUGGCACCCUUUUUUCUAAUCUGACCUCCCCUCAUGCAGGCUUCACCUCCACUCCUUCCUCAAAGUCUCCUUUAUAACAUCACCUGUCCCUGUUCUAAUGCCAACCUGACCAUAGGUGCUUGUCUGUGCCUUUAGAAGCCAGAACGGACCCCAAUUUUUCCAGCACUGCCCUGAAAGACCUGGAUUUCCUAGCUCCCCAGCUAGGUCUUGGUCUGAUGCCUAAUAAAACCUGACAACACUUA